AGGCCUGCAGUGGUAGGAAAGCUUCAUGGGAAUCCCCCCUUCUCCACGCAGCAUUACUGCCCUCUCAGGCCAAUAGAAGGCAAGGGAUCAGUGGGGCUGCUGCUGCCCACCUGGAGCCUACGUCACGGCUGCUCUUCUCAGGUUCCCCCUGGUCUCGACCUGGCUGGGAAGACCUCUCUGGAGGCUGGUUCUAUAAGGUCAAGGAGGGGAAGAGCGAGCAGAUGAGCUGUGAUAGUGGAAGAAUAUAGCUCUCUGUUUCAUACAAAGAAAGCAUGUGUAUGUGUGUGUGUGCCUCCAUGGGUCCUGCUCCUCAUGCACUGUAUCUCAGAUGAUAUAGAGAAAUGGGUGAAAGAUGAGGAACUCACUGUGAAACAAUUCAUAAACGGUCAAUUAACGAAACAGAAAAGGCUCAAACAUUGAAAAGUGCUGUACCUUGAAGGCAACAGUACACUAAAUGCCCACUAGGUGGUGGUGUAAGGCUCAGGGGAGUAAAGCCAUUACCUUUAUAUCAAAAGGUCACUCUCAGGAAAACGAAUUCGAUUUGUUUGAGGAGUUAUCUGAACUGGAAACCUAAAUGAGAACACUGCCACCGAUGAUUGGACAACAUUUAUGACUAAGGCAUACACACACACAUAAAUUCACGCACACAUGUAGUACAUGUGGACACAUGCACAAUCACACACUCUAUAGUCUAUAUAUUUCCUCUAAUUCUCAGACUAAGCACAUCCUGUACCAUCAUACAGGAUUGAUUCAACUCUUCUUCUCUCCAAUUAUAGUAAAUAGUCUCCUAUUUCAGUUCCUAUAGCAGUCGGCAUGGUGUUUUCACUUUCAAAUUAAGUCAUGUCAUGUCAGCGGGCUAUUAAGAAUCUUGAAUUUGCAUUCAAAUUAUGUCACUAUUAUUAGAAAGAUUUUCCUAAAUAUGAACAUGAAUCUAAAUUUGAGAGGGAAACAGCAAAAUAAUAAGCAACUUUACCGUGACCAAGUAUUUCAAAUCAAAUCACAUUUUAUUUGUCACAUGCUUCAUAAAGAACAGGUGUAGAUGAACAGUGAAAUGCUUACUGACGGGUCCUUUUCCAACAAUGCAGAGAGAAUUGUUUUUGGAGAAAUAAUAAAAAUAAUGUAAAAAGAAAAAGAAAAUAAAAUAACACAAUGAAUAAAUAGAAAAAUAAUAACACAAUAAAUAAAUAAACAAUUAUAUAACUUGGCUAUAUAUCCAGGGUACCAGUACCAAGUCGAUGUGCAAGGGUAUGAGGUAAUUUAAGUAGAUAUCAGUGGAGGCUGGUGGAAGGAGCUAUAGGAGGACGGGCUCAUUGUAAUGGCCGGAAUGGAAUCAAUAGAACGGAGUCAAACACCGUUUGAUACCGUUCCAUUAAUUCCAUUCCGGCCAUUACAAUGAGCCCGUCCUCCUAUAGCUCCUCCCACCAGCCUCCAAUGGUAGAUAUGUACUUAUAGUAGAGCAAAGUGACUAGAUAAGUAAGGGAUAAACGCAGAUGUUGUGUACAUUACAUAAGGGAUGAUCAACAAGAGGCUUUGCGUUCUAUGGAAAAUAAUGAACGACUUGGAAGGUGUGUUCCACGAUGCGCUAGUGGAGAUCAAAUUUCAAUACUGAAACAAUGCUGCACAUUUCAGGGAGACAGACAGCAAGGUUAUUACAAAUCUCCGCUGUGGAAAACCAAAUGCUAGUCUAAAAGAAAUGGGAGAAAAUGUCUAGAUGCUCUUUACAGUGUAGAUCUAGUAUAUACAUUGCCUGGCUGAGUUGAUGAGACAGUGGAUUGCACAAUCAGACGGAACAGAGUAAAUAGGCAUUUUAACAUAAUAGAUUUAGCCAGUGGUAACUUGUGGAAUAGACACUGUCUCGAAUGCAGUUUUAACCAAUCAGGAUCCAGGAUUAGACCCACCCAUUGUAUAAGAUGUCAAGGCACAAGGCAGUUUCCCAACACCCCUGACUCAUUCUCUGGACCUGUCUGUCUGUUAGCUCCAUACCAAUCAACAGGAAUAUGUAUUAUAGUCAGAAUAUAGUGACAGGACCAAGUAAAUCCCCAAAACCAUUCACCAAAGCCUUUCACAUACAUUGGGUAGAAUUCUAAGUUGGGUAGAAUUUGUAUAUAUAUCCAUAUUUGAAGAGCUAAAGUUGUAGAUAUCAUGGUCAGUCUGCCUUCUGUUGCCUUAGUUAUGUUUAUUGCUCUGUGUCUGAUUAAUAAGUAAGCCAGGGUACAAAAGGAGAGGGCGUGGAGGUCUUCUUAUAGAGAAAUACACUAAAGUCUCCCUCAUUCACCAAAGACAAUUAUCCCAGGAGGUCAACCUUUUCUCUUAACCUUCCAUUUGGUGUUAUAGACAUGUAAGAGACAGUUUUCUUAAACUCUCAUUUGCUUGUUUUAUCUGGUAAAGGACAUUGUUUUUUGGACUGGGGGAUGACACAGGCAAGUCAUAGUUUUGUUUGCAUGUAUAUUGUACUCUUGUCUGAUAACGGUUCUAUUUGCAGAUAGACUUCACUGUUCCCCUUUUCUGACAUGAUAUUUACAUGGAGAGAUAUUCCUCUUCUGUUUUAGACUGGUGAUGGAUACUGCCACGAGGCCCUGUUUCAUAACCGUGUGUUUGUGGGUACUGGCAACCACCUGUCUUCCAAGUUCCGGUAUGGCUGUAAAUAAAUCAAAUCAAAUUGUAUUGGUCGCAUACACAUAUUUAAUAAAGUGAUUAUGAAGCAAUUGUAUAAACAUUAGUGUAAAAGUAGUAUCAAUAGAAUGCAUUAUGGCUGAAGACUGAACUCCACUAAAGGAGGUUUUAUCCAAUUGUCCCCAAAAUGUCCAAUGUCAGUGUGUAACGUUGGUUCUGUGUCUGUGCCAGGCUCCCCGAGCCCCAGCCUGUGGGGUAAGAAGGCGGUGUUCUUGGGCCGUCCAUGUGUGUGGCAGCUGGGUAAGGAGUGUGUAAUGCCCCCCCUGGAAGAGCUCAGUGUGUGUGUGCACCUGCGCCGGAAGAUUGCGACAGCAGAGUGGACAGGCUUUGUGUACAAGGCGCCUGGCGAGAGACAGGUAGAGCUGGGGCUGGCAGGCCGAGGAGGGCUCCUGGUGGCAUGGCUGUUUGGACAGGAGUGGUCCGUACCUGAGGACCUGCCCCUGGAACGCUGGCACAACGUCUGCCUCACCUGGUCCAUCAACCCAGAGAGGCUCCGGCUCUACAUCAACGGGAGCAGUCGCCUGGACGCCCAUGUUAACGCCAGCCUGCCCCGGCGACUGGCCCACAAUGGCACCCUGACCCUGGGGGUGUCCCAUAACAUAGUGGAUGGGGUGAUGGAGUUUGAGGAUGGGAAGAACUUCCUGGGGGACAUCAGCCUGUUCAGGAUGUGGGGGCGGGAGCAGACGGCUGAGGAGCUGAGGGCCCAUAGCUGUGCCGAUGGGAACGUGGUGAGCUGGGACACCCGCGACUGGGACUACCAGACCUGCCUACUUGAAGAUGACUUUAGCCUCCAGUGUGGUUAGCUUCCGUACUUAUUGUGUUCUACUAUAUUCUAUUGCGGGUCCUAUUUUGAGACCUAUUGAGAAAGGCAGCCCUGGGCACCAUUCUAUUCUAUUCAAAGAGCCCCAUUGAACAAAUACAUUUACAUUUACAUUUUAGUCAUUUAGCAGACGCUCUUAUCCAGAGCGACUUACAGUUAGUAAAUAUACAGUAAAGGUAAAAAAUAUACAGUAAAGGUUCUUUGAGUAGGUAAGGAGAUUUCAUCCCCAUGAUAUAAUGUGUGAGGGAAUAUCUGUGCUUUGUAUAAUGGAAUAUCUAAUUAACGCCCUGUCUUGGAUUGUCUCUGGCACCUUUCUCAGCAUGGUCAAUGUUCAAAAUCAAAAUGAAGGUCAUCAUAGCACAACGGCACCCUCUUGACAAGCCUGUAAAUUCACCAGAGGAGAUCAUACGCAAAUGGGUACGAAGAAUAUGAUAAAGGAUUGCUUUUUCAAUUACAUAAAGUUGCCAUGAUAUCAGCAUUGUUCAGUCUUCAAGCAAACAAUCCCAGUUGAAUAUUAACCCUAUUUGUCUCUUUUAUCAUUUUCCAUCAGCUGGAGACCAUAUUUCCUGGGAGCAUUUCUGUGCGUGACAUCUUGGUGUCAUCUCCAAGGUAGUUUCAUUUGUCAAUUGAACGGAAUUGUCCAUUGGAAUAUAAUGUACAGCAUUGCUUGAAUGGGGUGUGUGUGUGUAUGUGUGUGCGUGAGUACGUGCGUACGUGUGUGCAAGUGUGCAUGUAUGUUUGUGGGUGCUUGUAUGUUUGUGGGUGCUUGUAUGUGCGUGUGUGCGUGCACUAUCAUAGAGAAACCAUAUCUAUAUGAGAAACCAACCUGAAGAGGAACACUGUUAAGACUUUCAACUUGUGUGAGUUUAGAUUAUGUGUGUGUGUGUGUGUGUGUUUUGAAGCAACCUAGAACAUUGAAAUGAACAAUGUGUGGACACAUGUCCCUUAGCCUAAUCUCUAGUGCUAUCUCUGUUCCCACACAGCCGGGUCUGCCAAGUGGGCAAUAAUCCUAUUGUGCGAGACACAGAGAAAACUCAGGUACGUCACUAUCCAGUGCCUCAAUUUGAUUUUCCAUAAUGAAGACUGCAAUAUCCUCAGAGAAGCACCGUGCUGAUAGGGACAGCACUGAAGGGCUCUCCAGAUAACAUUGUUAUUCAAUAGGACAGACAGGAAACUGUCAGACAGGCUUUCAUGGUAAACCCUGUUGUCAGGUCACGGACGAGGGGAAAUGUAAACUCAUGAACACAUAGGUGCCUUGUAAUUAAGAGAUCUUACAAGUUAGAACUAAAAUCAUAAAUAUGUGUUUGUUUACAGGAAUCAAGAAAAAUUGAGUUCAACUCAACUUCUGACAAGUGGUACGAGGAAAAUGUAUAAGUAAUCUUCCUCAGGAAACUAGUAUGCCAGCAUGAGGAUGCAUAAUGGACAUUAUAGUUUCUGGUCUGAUGUUGUGUUGCUUCACUGUAGUGUCUCUCUCCACAGUGUCAGCUGUCUGGUCUAUGUGAGUGUUAGUCCUGAGACUGAUGUUGGAGUGGCCCAGGCUGAGAUCUUUGGAAAGCUGAGUCUAGCCUUCAACUCUAGCCAAGUCACCCUUAUCGCAGACCCCAGCAGCCUCAGUGUACGCCCCAUAGGUGGGUACACACACACACACACACAAACUCACACAUACAUAUUCACACAAAUACAAAUAGCAUGCCCACACAUGCACAUGGACGCAAAUGGAAUGCACAUUCACAUUUUUGCACGCUGUUAUGCACACCGUUGUGUAAUAUCUCACUCGUUCUUCACAGGGGCUUUCCCCAACGCGACAGCUUCUCCUCCCACUGUCACCAACACCACUGCUGGUUCACCAACCAGCACCACUGCUGGCUCACCAACCAGCACCACUGCUGGCUCACCAACCAGCACCACCGUUGCUUCACCAACCAGCACCACUGCUGGCUCACCAACCAGCACCAAUGUUGGCUCACCAACCAGCACCACAGCUGGCUCACCAACCAGCACCACUGCAUCAGGUGACACAGUUCUUGCAUAAAAUAGAAAUGCUGAAGUGCUAUGCACUAUGGAGGACCUGAAAUUGGCUUCCAUUACAUUUUCACCAAUCUAUUCUAAAGAAGCUGGUUUGUUUCUUGUCUGUAGACCCUGUAACCCCUACAGAGACACAGCAACCAUCCAUUGGAGUGCCUGCAGAUCCUACUGGCCUGUCUACAACCAGAGAAUCUUUAGACUUCAACUCCACAGGACCAGGUCAGCCAAUAAGACACAUUUGAUUACAGUCUGCUAACGCUACAAAUAAGCUUAAUCUUCAUCGAAAAAUAUCACUGGCUUUGAAUUAUUAAUUUUUUCAUGUGUGUAAAAUCUAGGUUGAGAGAUGAAGGCUGUUCAAAUGUACAAUAAUUUCCACUGUUAUGCUGUGAUUAGGCAUUGCAUCCACCUUCUACAGAGUUCAUAUGAAACUGAAUAUGACAACUACUGUAACUCGCAACGACCCAGGGGAGACCAUUCAGAAGUGGGUAAGAAACACAACAGCAUUGGCACUGGAGGAUGAUAAACGUACAAUAACAUUCUCUUCAGCCUAACGGUUGAUACAGCGUAUUUUUGUCUGGGUUACAGGUUCAGAGAAAGCUUGGGAAAGCCAAGAUGAACGUGUUAAAUUUCAAAACGUUAAACUCGACUUAUAAGUAAGUCCUGGCAUUACCUACAUUAUGACAUGUUGCGUAGCAUAGCAAAAACAAGACUCUGAGGUGUGCCUUUUAUAGGUGGCUUAUGUACAGUAUUGUUCCAUGUGUUUUUGUUGUAGAGUCAAUGAUCAUAAAAAGACUGGACUGGAGAUGGUGAGUAUGUUUUUUGAUUUUGGCAUGUAUCAACAAUGGAAAUUGAUUUAGGGUGUAAUUACAUUUAAUCAUAAUCACUGCAGUAAGGAACCAGCUAUACUAUUGCGAAAAUUAAUUAGCAUAAUCUUUAUUACCACACUGUAAGUAUAUAACUUUCAAUAUGAGUAAACAAAUGAUUGCCUACUAGCCAUGAAUUGUGUUUGUCUAAGUAAGAUGUAUAGUGAAUAUUUAAUUGUGGUGUCUUCUGUGUUAGACUGCUGAGCUGAGACAUGACAAAGGGUAAGAGAUGACAAUUUUGUCAUUAUUUCUUAUGUAGUCUUCAUAGAUAUUGAUACCAACAUGUUUUGUUUUUUCCCCAACUUGUUUUAGUAUGCUGUUGACAUUACAGUAACCAUUUGUUUACUGCAUCUGGUAGUUGCCAGGUUGGUUUUGGGUUUUCAUCCUCCAUUUUGUCUGUAGGUUUAGAUGUACCUUCCAGGUUGAGGAUACUGACGCACGGAACGUCACAACCACUCAAACACUCAUCACUGACCUUCUGUCUGUGAACCAUGUUGAUGAAGAGAUCCAGGUAGACCGCAGAGACGUCCACAUCUCACAUAUAGGUACAGUAUGGCUAACCUUUAACCUUUCCUCCAUCUGUAUUCGAUUUGCUGAUCUACAGUACCAGUCAAAAGUUUGGACACACCUACUCUUUAUAUAUCUACAUUGUAGAAUAAUAGUGAAGACAUCAAAACUAUGAAAUAACACAUAUGGAAUCAUGUAGUAACCAAAAAAGUGUUAAACAUAUAUUUUAGAUUUUAGAUUCUUCAAAGUAGCCACCCUUUACCUUGAUGACAGCUUUGCACACUCUUGAUAUUCUCUCAACCAGCUUCACCUGGAAUGCUUUUCCAACAGUCUUGAAGGAGUUCCCACAUAUGCUGAGCACUUGUUGGCUGCUUUUCCUUCACUCUGCGGUCCAACUCAUCCAAAACCAUCUCAAUUAGGUUGACGUCGGGUGAUUUUGGAGGCCAGGUCAUCUGAUGCACCACUCCAUCACUCUCCUUCUUGGUCAAAUUGCCCUUACAUAGCCUGGAGGUGUGUUGGGUCAUUGUCCUGUUGAAAAACAAAUGAUAGUCCCACUAAGCUCAAACAAGAUGGGAUGGCACAUCGCUGCAGAAUGCUGUGGUAGCCAUGCUGGUUAAGUGUGCCUUGAAUUCUAAAUAAAUCACAGACUGUGUCACCAGCAAAGCACCCCCACACCAUAACACCUCCUCCUCCAUGGUUCACGGUGGGAACCACACAUGCAGAGAUCAUCUGUUCACCUACUCUGCGUCUCACAAAGACACGGCGGUUGGAACCAAAAAUCUCAAAUUUGGACUCAUCAGACCAAAGGACAGAUUUCCACCGGUCUAAUGUCCAUCGCUCAUGUUGCUUGGCCCAAGCAAGUCUCUUCUUCUUAUUGGUGUCCUUUAGUAGUGGUUUCUUUGCAGCAAUUCGACCAUGAAGGACUGAUUCACGCAGUCUCCCUGAUUCACGCAGUCUCCUCUGAACAGUUGAUGUUGAGAUGUGUCUGUUACUUGAACUCUGUGAAGCAUUUAUUUGGGCUGCAAUCUGAGGUGCAGUUAACUCUAAUGAACUUAUCCUCUGCAGCAGAGGUAACUCUGGGUCUUCCUUUCCUGUGGCGGUCCUCAUGAGAGCCAGUUUCAUCAUAGCGCUUGAUGGUUUUUGCAACUGCAUUUGAAGAAACUUGAAAUUCUUGAAAUGUUCCUGAUUCACUGACCUUCAUGUCUUAAAGUAAUGAUGGACUGUUGUUUCUCUUUGCUUAUUUGAGCUGUUCUUGCCAUAAUAUGGACUUGAUCUUUUACCAAAUAGGGCUAUCUUCUGUAUACCACCCCUACCUUUUCACAACACAACUGAUUGGCUCAAACACAUUAAGAAGGAAAGAAAUUCCACAAAUUAACUUUUAACAAGGCACACCUGUUAAUUGAAAUGCAUUCCAGGUGACUACCCCAUGAAGCUGGUUGAGAGAAUGCCAAGAGUGUGCAAAGCUGUCAUCAAGGCAAAGGGGUGGCUACUUUGAAGAAUCUCAAAUAUAAAUAUAUUUUGAUUUGUUUAACACUUUUUUGGUUACUACAUGAUUCCAUAUGUGUUAUUUUAUAGAUUUGACGUCUUCACUAUUAUUCUACAAUGUAGGAAAUAGUAAAAAUAAAGAAAAACCCUUGAAUGAGUAGGUGUGUCCAAACUUUUGACUGGUACUGUAUAUUAGACUUGAUAAGUGAAUGAAUGGUGUCCACCCUACUGCUGUCACCAAUCAUACUUUCUCAGAUCAGACCGUACUUUAAGAAGGGAGGCAGAAAGAAAGAAAGAGAGAAAGAGAGAAAAAGAGAAAGAAAGAAAGAAAGAAAGAAAGAAAGAAAGGAGGAAGGAAGGUGCCUGACUUAUUAACCUCCUUUCCCCUCUCCAGAUCCAGGGAGCUGUCCUGAGGACACCCAUGAGAGUUUCCGGGGAGUGUAUAUAUGGCCAAUCACAGAGGCCCAGAUGACAGAAACUAUGAUCUGUGAGAAGAACCAUGGAUCAAGGGCUUCCAGGAAAUGGUGAAAGGCCCAGCUAACGUUACAUUUGCAACAAUGAGUCAGAAAAUCUCAAGGCUGUAUUGAUGAUGGUGGGAGUACCAUAAAUUGUGGUUUAUAUACGUAGAUACUGUGAAGUAAAAUGAUGUGCAUUAUAUUCCAUGGUACAGUAGAUCUUGUUAAGCUUUAUUCAAACAAACAGUUCCUUGCUGAAUCAUCUUAGCCCUAUUCAUCUUUCUGAGGAUUCAGAAUAUGACUUCUUAGAAUGAUGAUGAUAGUCACCUUUUUACCUGUUCGACACCAGAGCUGUGACUACAGUCAGAGCUAAAAUCAUAUUUCUAUGGGUAAAAUCACCUGUUGCCAUAGAGACAGCUCAGUGAAGCGAUCCUUCAAAUGUCUACUAUACACUCAAUACAACUCUGUUCCACACGCUCUUACCUAUGUGCACACAAUCACUCAGUCAUAGAGAUGACACUGGUGGAUCUCUCAGUGCAAGCAAUCAAAGCAAGAAUCAAUUUCCUUCAAUUGAAUUGGGUGAACGGAACGCCUCUGCUGUCAGAGUGAAACAUUGUCCUAGUGUGUGUUAUGCAAGCAGUGAUAUAUUGUGUCAAUGUUUAUGAAGCAUCCCACAGGAAGGUUUACUGAAGGUAAAGGGAAAGAAAAGGAUCAUCACCUAUAAUUGAAGGAAAGCCCUUUGACUUACGUUUCCCAUGAUGCCUCCUUGGCCCACCCUCCUCUCUGAAACGUCAAGAUCUUUGUGCAAUUAUGCAAAAUAGUAACAAAUUGGUUAUUGACUACAGAUCAGAACAAGACAAGACUGGUCCUCUCGUCUUCUGCUCAUUUCACCUUCAUCUCUUUUUUCUCCUUCUUCACUUUAGUGAGUUGGAUGGAGUGACUGAGAAAGCCAAAUGGGCUAAGCCAAACCUGAAGGCAUGCAAGCUGGUGAUCACCAUCUCUGAUCUGGAUAAAGUCACUGUCACAGCAAGUAAGUGCCUUGUGCAGUCUAAAUACCAGUGACUAGGUUCUGGUGAAAUAACAGUCAUUUGUUAUGUAUUGUACUGUAGCUACGGCAUGCAUGUUCUUCCCUAGCCUAUUGAUUUCCCUGUGUUUUUCAGUAGUAUUAUAUUGAAAUAUUACAAAGUGCAGUGUGUUACAUAACAUUGGACUUAGUGUCCUUUCCUCCCAGACAACUCAGCAGAUGUGGUGGACAUGAUUAAGGACCUCCUGGGUGACGAGGGGGACCUGAGUGACUCCCAGCUGGCCACCGUGGUCCAGAAGCUGGAUGAGGUUCUGGGGGUCAGCACGGUGACCCCUCAGCUCGGCGGGGAUAUCGUCAACAUCAUCGCUGACAUCCUGGGGUCCAAUUCUGACCUGUCAGCGGUCGCCAACGAGUAAGGGGAAGGGGCAAUGGGGAGAGGGAAUAUGGUUGUAAUAUUUCCUCAUUUUCUGAUGUCACCUGUUUAUUUUCUUCCUCCUCUGCUGUCUUUUAUGACAAAUCUGUCACUCACAUUUUCCAUCAUGUUCCCAACAGCAUUCUGGGUAUCACAGACAGCGUUGGGGACCAGAUGGAUUUCCCUGAGGAGUUACUAAAUGUGACGGUCCCUUCCCUGGCUCUCUCCAUGAUCAACGUAGAUCCAGUCCAGUUCCAGGGCCUCACGUUUGGUGUGUCCUCGUUUUCGACUGGCCUGGUUCCAGAGGUAAAAUUGUAAUAAGACCCAAUUGUUUGGUCAAGCACAUUCUGGAUUUGACUGGCAGACAGUGAGUAUCACAACUCAGAGAUACAGUGUCUAUGCUCCAGCAGUGCAGUCAAAUACCUGUCUUGUCAAUAUGUCAAUAUAAAUGUCCUGUUCUUUUUUGCUCCCUGUGACAUACUGAGCUCUUCCUUACUGAAAAUCAAUGACAUGAUUGACUGGACUGUUUUUAUUCCAUUCAAAUGAAGGCAUGUCCUUAAGUGAACAGAGAAAUGUAGGACACAUGCAGAUGUUAUUGGGAAAAAGGAAAAGGUUUCUCGGAGCGAUCCUAGCCUCUACAGGUGUAGAAUCUUAAUUUGAGCCAGUUUGCUACAGCAGAAAAAUUAUCCUGCAGCUACAGGAAAUGUGAAUUAUUAUGUGGACAUUACAAGUUGUACAUGUCCUGCAUUGCAGGAAAGCUCUCCUGCAACAGGGUGAUCAAAAUAAGAUCCUAAAUCUGUAGCAUUCAUUUCAACUGUGCCGAAACAACGAAUAGUAAUGAAACUAUGACGAUUUACAGGAACAAGAACAUUGCUUUACAAGAACAUUGUUUAUUCCAACACGUGUCCAGUGUCACUGUGGUGCAAUGAACAAGGACCUUUAGUUCCAUGAUGAAAUAGAGUUAUAUUUGUCGACUUCAAUAAGUCAUUGUACAUACGUUUUGAUUAUUUGUACACCUCUUUCUGUUGUAGAUCUUUGUCAACCAGAUAUUCCUGAGUCAGCCUUGCGACGGCACAGUCGCAUCCAUCUCCCUUCCACAGGCCCUUCACAACUUCUUCCCCCAGGGAAACAAAAAAAAGAGAGUUCAGUUCCACUUCUAUGGCAUACAGGAGCUUUUCAAGGUACCUGGUUAAGAAUGGCUUGAUGUCGUCAACAUUUGAGGUGCAUCAUGAUUUUUGGUUAAUUAUUAAUUAAUAACCUUUUACUUCAGUGGGCUAAAUCAGGGUCGCGCAGAGUGAUUCUUGGUAGUCUUAAACAAAUCUACUUUGAAUCAAAAGUAUAUACCUCACACACGGUUAUGGGCUUAAAAAAAUAAAAUAAUGUACCAUGUCAGAUAUAGAAUUGAAAUGUAUUCAAUUUUGAGUUUGCAUCCCAAUAUUACACUUAAUAUAAAUCACAGAAGACUGAAAUAUAACAAAACAGUUUGACAUAGAAACAGAGGUUUUCUUAUUUAGAAGGAAAGCUUGUAGCAAAUGUACAGUAAUUCAGUGUUAAAGUUGUAUGAUCAUUCACAGGACCCAGCAACCAAUUGGACGCUGAAUAGUUACGUGGUGUCUGCCAGUGUCAACAACAGCAAUGUCAGCAACCUCAGGGAUCCCGUGGUGGUGACACUUAGUCACCUCAAGCCUAAAGAGGUGAGGAAUGAAAAAUAGCUUCAUCUUACCACUGAGCGUAGUGAUGUUUCCGCUUUAGAGCCUGACUAGCUGCACCCUUUGCUUCCCCAACAGAAAAACAACAAGGUGGAGUGUGUCUAUUGGGACUUCCAGAAGAACAAUGGGAGCGGUGGAUGGGACAGCAACGGCUGUGAGACACUUCCAAGUAUCUCCGCUUAUCAGACCACCUGCCACUGCUACCACCUGACCCAUUUUGGCGUACUCUUGGUGAGUCACCUUUAUUGUAGACUGAGGGAAACAAAAGACAUCAGUGCAGUGCAUCUGGACUAAUAUACACUGCUCAAAAAAAUAAAGGGAACACUUAAACAACACAAUGUAACUCCAAGUCAAUCACACUUCUGUGAAAUCAAACUGUCCACUUAGGAAGCAACACUGAUUGACAAUACAUUUCACAUGCUGUUGUGCAAAUGGAAUAGACAACAGGUGGAAAUUAUAGGCAAUUAGCAAGACACCCCCAAUAAAGGACUGGUUUUGCAGGUGGUGACCACAGACCACUUCUCAGUUCCUAUGCUUCCUGGCUGAUGUUUUGGUCACUUUUGAAUGCUGGCGGUGCUUUCACUCUAGUGGUAGCAUGAGACGGAGUCUACAACCUACACAAGUGGCUCAGGUAAUGCAGCUCAUCCAGGAUGGCACAUCAAUGCGAACUGUGGCAAGAAGGUUUGCUGUGUCUGUCAGCGUAGUGUCCAGAGCAUGGAGGCGCUACCAGGAGACAGGCCAGUACAUCAGGAGACGUGGAGGAGGCCGUAGGAGGGCAACAACCCAGCAGCAGGACUGCUACCUCCGCCUUUGUGCAAGGAGGAGCAGGAGGAGCACUGCCAGAGCCCUGCAAAAUGACCUCCAGCAGGCCACAAAUGUGCAUGUGUCUGCUCAAACGGUCAGAAACAGACUCCAUGAGGGUGGUAUGAGGGCCCGACGUCCACAGGUGGGGGUUGUACUUACAGCCCAACACCAUGCAGGAUGUUUGGCAUUUGCCAGAGAACACCAAGAUUGGCAAAUUCGCCACUGGCGCCCUGUGCUCUUCACAGAUGAAAGCAGGUUCACACUGAGCACGUGACAGACGUGACAGAGUCUGGAGACACCGUGGAGAACGUUCUACAUCCUCCAGCAUGACCGGUUUGGCGGUGGGUCAGUCAUGGUGUGGGGUGGCAUUUCUUUGGGGGGCCGCACAGCCCUCCAUGUGCUCGCCAGAGGUAGCCUGACUGCCAUUAGGUACCGAGAUGAGAUCCUCAGACCCCUUGUGAGACCAUAUGCUGGUGCGGUUGGCCCUGGGUUCCUCCUAAUGCAAGACAAUGCUAGACCUCAUGUGGCUGGAGUGUGUCAGCAGUUCCUGCAAGAGGAAGGCAUUGAUGCUAUGGACUGGCCCGCCCGUUCCCCAGACCUGAAUCCAAUUGAGCACAUCUGGGACAUCAUGUCUCGCUCCAUCCACCAACGCCACGUUGAACCACAGACUGUCCAGGAGUUGGCGGAUGCUUUAGACCAGGUCUGGGAGGAGAUCCCUCAGGAGACCAUCCGCCACCUCAUCAGGAGCAUGCCCAGGCGUUGUAGGGAGGUCAUACAGGCACGUGGAGGCCACACCCUACUGAGCCUCAUUUUGACUUGUUUUAAGGACAUUACAUCAAAGUUGGAUCAGCCUGUAGUGUGGUUUUCCACUUAAAUUUUGAGGGUGACUCCAAAUCCAGACCUCCAUGGGUUGAUACAUUUGAUUUCCAUUGAUAAUUUUUGCGUGAUUUUGUUGUCAGCACAUUCAACUAUGUAAAGAAAAAAGUAUUUAAUACGAUUAUUUCAUUCAUUCAGAUCUAGGAUGUGUUAUUUUAGUGUUCCCUUUAUUUUUUUGAGCAGUGUAUUAGGCUCCUAUUGACAUUUGACCUCUGUGGUGUUCUACAGGAUGUGUCCAGGACUCCUAUCAGUGAGGCUGACCAGGAAAUCCUGACUGUCAUCUCCUAUCUGGGCUGUGGUGUGUCCUCCAUCUUUCUGGGCAUCAGCCUGCUCACCUACGUGGUCUUUGAGUAAGUCAGCCUCCAGACAGAUAGUACAGAUAGACAAGCAGGCAGAUUAAUGGAUGGGACACACAGGGCAGACUAGUUGUUGAUAUGACUACAGACUAGGUUCUUUCUCUCUCUUCUCUCGCCUUUUUAUCCUCUAGCGAUGGAAGAGGAGGGAGCGAGAGGAGAAGCGAGGGAAGCGAGAGAGAAGAAAGGGAGAGAGGGAGAGAGAAGAAGAGAGGAGAAGAGGGUCUAUUCAUCUAUAGAUAUAUACCUCUAAUCCUAUCUCUCUCUUUCUCUCUUCUCUCUCUCUUAUCUCUCUCUCUCUCUCUCUCUCCUCUGUCUCUUUUCUCUCUCUUUCUCUCUCUCUCCUGUCUCUUUUCUCUCUCUCUCUCUCUCUCUCUCUCUCUCACGUGCUCCUCUCUCUCUCUUUCUCUCGCCUCUCGCCUCUCUCUCGCUCCCUCUCUCUCCUUUCCACUCCGUCACAGGAAGCUGCGUAGCGACUACCCUUCUAAAAUCCUCAUCAACCUCUCUGUGGCUCUGCUGGGCCUCAACCUAGUCUUCCUGCUGGACUCCUGGCUGUCCUCCUUCGGUAGCUACAGUCUCUGCAUCACCACGGCAGCCACGCUGCACUACUUCCUGUUAGCCUCAUUCACCUGGAUGGGCCUGGAGGCCGUCCACAUGUACUUUGCUCUGGUCAAGGUCUUCAACGUCUACGUCCCUUUCUACAUCCAGAAGUUCUGCGCCAUCGGCUGGGGUAAGCCAAGGCAGUCUGAGGCAAAUAAGGACACUUGUAUUAAAAUCUUGAAGAGUAAGAAUUGUAUGACUACAAUUGUCAUUUUUUAUUUGCUUGUGUCGGAUUGACAUUGAAAUUUGUGUUGAGAGCAUUGAGUCGAGAUUGUGUAAUCUACCUCAAAGAGUUGCUUGAAUAUAGAAAAAAACGAUCAAUCAAUUCAAGGUAAAUUACAGUGAUUUAAUUUCCUUUUGAGUGCUUUUGUGUUGUAGUCAGUGAUUGAAACUUUUACACAGGCCCUGAUCUAACAGGUUAGAUGAACCUGUUUGAUGAGGUAAUAGAAUGAACAGGUAAAGUUAUCUGUCUCCACACAGGCAUUCCUCUGUUGAUAGUCAGCCUGGUCCUGGCCAUAGAGAAGGAUGCCUAUGGCAGUGUUCUAUCUGAGGCCUCCCUUGACUCUCUACGGGGCUCUGAGCCAUUGUGAGUAUGCUGCAUGGCCAGUUGACCAGUGUUACUGAUACAUGUUAUUGAUAGGGGUGGGUGGCAGUUCAUCACAUCCAUGUUAUUAAUCAUCCCCCCCCCCCCCCCCCCCCCCCCCCCCCCCCCUUCUCAGCUGUUGGAUUCAGAGUAAUGUUUUCUUCUACGUCACGGUCGUGGCGUUCGUACUGCUGGUCCUGGUUUUUAACGUGGUCGUGUUCAUUGUGGUGCUGGUCCAAAUCCGCCACAUGCAGACCAAUAAGCCUGCAGCAACAGGAAACAAGCGCUGUGCCAUGCAUGAUUUGAGAGCGGUGGCCAGUCUCACCUUCCUAUUGGGUCUCACCUGGCCAAUAGCCUUCUUUACCUGGGGACCAGCCAGGGUACCUAUGCUCUACCUCUUCUCUGUCCUCAACAGUCUGCAAGGUACGAGGACCGAUAUACUGGUGUUUUGUACAAUGAAGGUCUGGGAGAGCGAGAGAGGGAGAGAGAGAGAGAGAGGAGAGAGAGGGGGGGAAGCACGAGAGGAAGAGAUGCGAAGAGAGAGGGAGACGAGAGAGAGAAGAGGGAGGCGAGGAGAGGAGGGAGAUGAGCGAGGAGUGAGAGAGAGAGAGAACGAGAGGAGAGAUGGGCAAGGAUUUAGAGGGGAAAGGGGAGGAGAGAGAGGGGAGGGGAAAAGAGAGAAGGAGGGGAGAGCGGAGAGAGAGAGAGGAGAGGGAGAGAGGAGGAGGAAGAGGGAGGGGAAAAAAAACAAAAAAGGGGGGAGGAGAGAAGGAGGGGGAGAAGGGGAGAGGGGAGAGAAAGGGGGAGAGAGAAGGGGGGGAGAGAAUUUUAAAAAAAAAAAAAGGGAAAGGGAAAAAAGGGGGGGGGGGGGAAAAAAAAAAAGAGAGGGGAAAAGGAAGACUGGGGGAAAAAAAAAUUUUUUGGGGCCCAAAUUUUUUUUUUUUUUUUUUUUGCAAAAAAGGGGAAAAAAAAGAAAUUUGGGGGCCCCCAAUUUUUUUAAAAGGGGUUUUUAAAAAAAAAGGGGGGGGGGUUUUUUCAAAAAAAACGGGGCCCCAAAGAAAAAUUUUGGGGGGGAAAAAGGGAAAGGAAAAAAUGUGCCCCCUUGAGAAAACCCCCCGGGCCCGUGAUACUUCUUUACCAACCCCAAGGAGGGGCCCUUUUAUGUUUAAAGUUAAGGUUUUUCCCAGAAGGUUUGCCAUGGGGGGUAAGGCCAAGCAGUGAAAGGCACUGAAACGAAACUAGAAAAUUUAGAAAAGCAUUUUAUUGGCUGGUGAAUGAAAAAAUUGUUAGCGGGAGAUGGGAAUCCUCAAAAGGGUAUAAAACAAAAACAACCAAGGUAAUUAAGAUUUUUCCCUUUAGUCUUUGUUGUGGUUUUUUCCCGAUAACAGUGGUGACCUUUGAGAGAAGAAGAAGGAAUUUGGAACAGAGCUGCCGUUAAUUGACCGGCUGCAUGAGAAUGCCUGGGCAGGAAAUUAGGCUGGCACGGGCCUCCAUUUGUAUUUCUCAGGGGAGAAUGACCAGGUUUCGAGUAUUGAUGGAACAGGAGUGUUGAGGAGAUCCGGGUUGGAGUGAGGGACCGCAGGAGGAUGGUAGAUGAGUCUCGAGGGUAUUGGAGAUGAUCGGGAGGAGAGAGCAGCAGGACGAGGAGCAUGAGGAGGGAGGAAGAUUGGGAGAUAGGGAGGGAGAGAGAGAGAGAGCGGGAAGAGAGAGAAGGAGAGGAGCAGAAUGGAGAGAGGAGAGAGAGAGGAGAGGGGAGAGAAGAGGAGAGAGAGAGAGCGAGGGAGAGAUAUAUAUAUAUAUAAUAUAUCUAAUAUUAUAUAUAGAGAGGAGCGAGAGAGGACGAGAGGAGAGAGGAGAGAGAGAGAGAGAGGAGAGAGAGAGAGAGAAGAGAGAGAGAGAGAGAGAGAUACAGUGGGGGAAAAAAGUAUUUAGUCAGCCACCAAUUGUGCAAGUUCUCCCACUUAAAAAGAUGAGAGAGGCCUGCCAUUUUCAUCAUAGGUACACGUCAACUAUGACAGACAAAUUGAGAAUUUUUUUCUCCAGAAAAUCACAUUGUAGGAUUUUUAAUGAAUUUAUUUGCAAAUUAUGGUGGAAAAUAAGUAUUUGGUCACCUACAAACAAGCAAGAUUUCUGGCUCUCACAGACCUGUAACUUCUUCUUUAAGAGGCUCCUCUGUCCUCCACUCGUUACCUGUAUUAAUGGCACCUGUUUGAGCUUGUUAUCAGUAUAAAAGACACCUGUCCACAACCUCAAACAGUCACACUCCAAACUCCACUAUGGCCAAGACCAAAGAGCUGUCAAAGGACACCAGAAACAAAAUUGUAGACCUGCACCAGGCUGGGAAGACUGAAUCUGCAAUAGGUAAGCAGCUUGGUUUGAAGAAAUCAACUGUGGGAGCAAUUAUUAGGAAAUGGAAGACAUACAAGACCACUGAUAAUCUCCCUCGAUCUGGGGCUCCACGCAAGAUCUCACCCCGUGGGGUCAAAAUGAUCACAAGAACGGUGAGCAAAAAUCCCAGAACCACACGGGGGGACCUAGUGAAUGACCUGCAGAGAGCUGGGACCAAAGUAACAAAGCCUACCAUCAGUAACACACUACGCCGCCAGGGACUCAAAUCCUGCAGUGCCAGACGUGUCCCCCUGCUUAAACCAGUACAUGUCCAGGCCCGUCUGAAGUUUGCUAGAGUGCAUUUGGAUGAUCCAGAAGAGGAUUGGGAGAAUGUCAUAUGGUCAGAUGAAACCAAAAUAUAACUUUUUGGUAAAAACUCAACUCAUCGUGUUUGGAGGACAAAGAAUGCUGAGUUGCAUCCAAAGAACACCAUACCUACUGUGAAGCAUGGGGGUGGAAACAUCAUGGUUUGGGGCUGUUCUUCUGCAAAGGGACCAGGACGACUGAUCCGUGUAAAGGAAAGAAUGAAUGGGGCCAUGUAUCGUGAGAUUUUGAGUGAAAACCUCCUUCCAUCAGCAAGGGCACUGAAGAUGAAACGUGGCUGGGUCUUUCAGCAUGACAAUGAUCCCAAACACACCGCCCGGGCAACGAAGGAGUGGCUUCGUAAGAAGCAUUUCAAGGUCCUGGAGUGACCUAGCCAGUCUCCAGAUCUCAACCCCAUAGAAAAUCUUUGGAGGGAGUUGAAAGUCUGUGUUGCCCAGCGACAGCCCCAAAACAUCACUGCUCUAGAGGAGAUCUGCAUGGAGGAAUGGGCCAAAAUACCAGCAACAGUGUGUGAAAACCUUGUGAAGACUUACAGAAAUAGUUUGACCUGUGUCAUUGCCAACAAAGGGUAUAUAACAAAGUAUUGAGAAACUUUUGUUAUUGACCAAAUACUUAUUUUCCACCAUAAUUUGCAAAUAAAUUCAUUAAAAAUCCUACAAUGUGAUUUUCUGGAGAAAGAAAAUCUCAUUUUGUCUGUCAUAGUUGACGUGUACCUAUGAUGAAAAUUACAGGCCUCUCUCAUCUUUUUAAGUGGGAGAACUUGCACAAUUGGUGGCUGACUAAAUACUUUUUUUCUCCACUGUAUAUAUAUAUAUAUAUAGAGAGAGAUAGAGAGAGAUAGAGAGAGAGAUAGAGAGAGAGAUAUAUAUAGAGAGAGAGAUAGAGAGAGAUAGAGAGUGAGAGAGAGAGAUAGAGAGAGGGGGGUUGGGCAGGCAGGCAGGCAGAGAGAGAGAGAUAGAAAGAGAGAAGCCCCAUUAUCUCCUCUCCGUCUGUGUUUCAGGGUUCUUUAUCUUUGUCUUCCACUGCCUGAUGAAAGAGAAUGUGAGGAAGCAGUGGAGGAUCCACCUGUGCUGUGGCCGAUUCAGGCUCAGUGACUACUCCGGUACAGUAGAGGGACCUCCAAGCAGUCUGUCUGCUAAGUGACUAAAAUGUAAAUGUAAAUAUGGUUCAUAGAGAGUGUUCCUGAAGUUGCUUCAUUUGAUCUUUGACCCUGUUUAGAUUGGAGCCGCUCCAUGACGAUGGGCAGCAAGACCAAGCAGAACCAGCUGGUGCACCGCUCUCCGUCUGUCAAGUCUGUCAACACCUCCUCUAGGAAGAUCUCUGAUGACUCCACUACAGCUAGCUGUAGCUCUGGCACCCCCUACCAACAGGGGGCC